AUGUGGCUACGUUACAGCGACAACUGCGUCAACGACGACCUCAACAGCUACGACCUCAACGGCCACGACCCCAACAACCCCGAAAUCAAGAACCACAGUAUCAAGAACUCCAGUAUGAAGAACCACUGUAUCAACCACAGUCUCAACAGCCACUGCAUCGGUCGCCGCCACAGCAGCAAUCUCGAGAUGUCGAAGUCGUUGAUGCAUCACCACCUCCUCCUCCACCUUCUUCUCCUCGUCCAUCUUCAACGGGAGCACCAAACGGCUGCACCACCCACAGGUGCUACCACUGUGGUAGUCGGGGCCACAGUCGCAGCAAUUGCCCUAAUCGAAGAACAGACCGUUACCAUCCUUAUUAUGGGAGCUUUAAUCCUCGCCAUCACCUGCCCCGACGGCAGCAAGACUGAAGCGAUUGAAGACGCCGUCGAUAUCCUCAUUAGUAAACAGCCUUGCAAAGGCAAAGCCGCGGAGAAGAGCCCCUCACUUCCACAACUCUUCCAGAAGUCCAACCAAAAACAGGCCCUUUCGCCACUUGUCGAUUUUGCCCCCCCGGACGCCAAGAUCCGCCCAAAGUCAAUACGGAAUAGUUAA